UGAAAAUGAGAAAGCAAAUUAAGCAGUUAACAGUCGCUCUGUGGCUCGUGAUAAGCCACAGAUCACGUGGUAAACAUUCUUUAAAGACAGAGUUUUAAGGAUUUCUAAUCUUUUUCAAAAGAAUUGCUUCUUCUCAUUUACAGAAAGUAACAUCAAUAAUUUCACCAUCGCCCCACAUCAUCUCAAGUCGUUAUUUACUUCGUAAUUAGAUUUUUUCACCAUUACUGUGAACUGCCAGAGAGCAGGUGCUUUGUUCCCCCGAUCGUCUUUUGCUCAGAACAAGCUUUUGACAAUUUUCUUUGACCUAAAUUCGAUCAAUUUUACAAGAAAAGAAUUCAUUUUAAAUUUGACAAAGCCAAUCGAAGGAAUUAUAGCAUACUUUUGUAUUAUUUUUCUCGAAAUUUUGUCGUUGUUAAGAAAUCAAAUAGUACUCGUUCUAAUUAAUAUUGAAAUGUAUUUCAAUUUUUGCACAAUUAUUCGUAAGUUAAGCAGAGAAAAUGCAAGAAAAUCAGAACUAGAAUCAUGCUUACGCAAAUAUAUAAUUGUAUGUGUAUAAAUGCUACAUUUUUGAUGAGGUUGUCUGCAGGAACUGGGGUAAAUAUUAAAAAUUCAUACUUAUUUGUAGAAGCAGCGUCCAUUGACCAUUUCCUGUCUUACAGACAUGUCUGGCAUCGAUUGUUAGUGCAAACAGUUUUCUUAGGUCGCCGUUUCAAAUGGUUUUAACAUUUAUUAUAAGUAUACAAACGGUUAUGUGUUUCAGGAGCUCUACCAAUUGUUUAUACGCAGUGCUUUUCUCAAAACGUUAUUGAUUAGACAAAGAAAUAAUUUUAUUUAGUUUCAAAGGUUUAGAAAUCAAUUUAUUUUCGCUUCUUCAUCGACCAAAACUUUAAAAAAAAUAAUAAUAAAGGAGAGAGAGAGAGAGAGAAAGAAAAGGCAAACGAGGAGGAAUAUAUGGAUCCGGAAAAAUUAACAAUAAAACGGCAAUGUAAUAUCAUCAUCAAAUAAAGAAAGGCAAUAAUCGAGGAGUUGACAUUUAAUGAAAAUGUCGGAGAACAACAUUUCUCCAAUUUCAGCGGAGACGGUUCUGUGCGAUGUCGGAGACCGUUUUAGUAAUUUGUGAGGAUACUGGCCGCCGGAGACCCUGAUCCCCCCACUGUGUGUUCCAUCCUCCAUCAGAUAACGGACAGUCCCCACAUCUAAAAUCUGUCAUCUUGCUAAUGAGAAUGAAUUAUCCUCUGUCUAACAACUAAAGUAACCCACGGACGAGUCUUCGGUAUCUUUGAUGAAGAAAAUAAAACACAUCAUUAAUUUUUUUAAAACAAUAUAAAAGAGACUUUACGACAGGAAUAUAAAGUUAUCUAAAUAAUAAGAGUAUGAUUUUGAGAUAGCGGGCAUUGAAUUCAGUCGGUCGUGCAGAGAAGCAGCCCCAGCCGUAUUCUGAGACUCUAUUGGAGCGCAGUCUUAUUGGCUACUGAUACUUUUAUGUUAAUGAAAAAGAAACAUUUUCUAGCUUAAAAUAUAAUUUGUCCAUAAUAGUGGCCUUUUAAAGAGAGCAUGCGCUCCAAGUUGAUGAAUUAGGAAAGCCACGUGACUCAAAACAACGGAGAACAGGUGCCUGCUGAAUGAACCGCUCAAUAGUAAAAUGUAAUAUCAAUUUUCUUUGCCAUAGACAUUUCUCUAUCACUGGUUUAGUCGACUUCUGGAUCGUAAAAGUUAUAUUGGAGUAUCACUAAUCCAGCCCCAGGCCGCUGGUCGGUCUGUACAGAUUCCACGCAGUGCCAAACCAUGAUGAACGCGAAACAGGGAGUGGGGCUCUCCUCGCUGAACCCCGGGCACGUCACGGGCGGGAGGUACUCACCGCCCUAUCGACCCCCCGACCGUAUGCGCUGUAUGCCUGGAUCUACGGGUAACUUUUUUGAUGAUGGUAUCUUAUCACGGGCGGAAGUGUUGGCGGCGGUGGACAUUCCCAAACAAUCGUCACAAAAUUUAAUGAAGCACGAUGGACUUUACGGUCACACUGCAGACUUGGGGGGACACAAUGUGACCCCACCCCGCCAUCAAAUGCAAAUGAACUGUCAUACGGGGUUCGGUCCCGGGGACUCCAUGUUGGAGCAGUUGACGUCUAAUCAUGGGAUGUCGCUUGGUGGAAUGCCGGAAAAUCACUACAGCAUCGCCAACUCUAUUCCCCACAGUCACAGUCACCACCAAAUGUUCCAACCCAGUGUCUGUACCAACCUUAACGCCAUGGGGAGCCACCAUACUUUUCCGGGACACCACCCUGUGCACCACGCAAUUCAUGACACGGAAUGUGACCCGCGCGAAUUAGAAGCGUUUGCAGAGAGAUUCAAACAACGUCGGAUAAAAUUAGGGGUCACCCAAGCGGACGUCGGGUCUGCUUUAGCCAACCUGAAACUCCCGGGCGUUGGAUCUUUAAGUCAAAGCACGAUUUGUAGAUUUGAAUCACUAACAUUGAGUCAUAAUAACAUGAUAGCACUGAAACCUAUUCUCCAAGCAUGGCUGGAGGAAGCUGAAAGACAGGCGCGAGAAAGGAAGGAAGCGGAAGCAGGUGGUCUAGCAGCCGAGCGGAAACGGAAACGAACCUCAAUAGCAGCUCCAGAAAAAAGAUCAUUGGAGGCUUAUUUUGCUGUUCAACCUCGUCCCUCGGGUGAGAAAAUUGCCCAGAUAGCAGAAAAAUUGGACUUGAAGAAAAACGUAGUCAGGGUUUGGUUUUGUAAUCAGAGGCAGAAACAGAAGCGUAUGAAGUUCUCGGCCGUGGCCCCUCAUUGACAAUUUGAGAAUAUCAAAAUGUAAAUGUCAUGAGCACAAAAACAACAGGCUGUCUGAGCAAGCUUGGUUGAUAGUGUCCAAAAAGUGUUCUCCCCUGGACACUUCCGGUCAUGCUCAGUCCACCGUGGUGACAUUUUUGCAGGGGUAUAUCCUCGGGUACCGAUCUAAAUUGUGUGAGUAUGCUCGGGAAUUUUGAAUAUAUUUAAGACAAUUUGUAAUUUUCUAGGGGUUUGCGAGCACACAAUAAGGAACUUGUUUUGGUUCAGUUUUUAUUCCCCCUGCAAUUUGUCUUUGCGUGAGAGUGUUGAAUUUUCAUACCAUAUAUUUUUUAUUUAUUACUUAAAAUGCUUAUAACUACUUAAAUUAUUGAUAAUUUAUUUUACGUUGUAACGAUUAUUGCGAAGAAUGUUUAUAUGAUUUUGAAGAAGUGUUAUUUACUUAUUUAUUUUAUUUUAUUUCCUGAUUAUUUUAUAUCUCAAACGCUGUCUCGAUUGAAUGAAGGAAAAUUAACAAAUUUUCAAUAUUGCAAUUCUUUCAUGUUAGAAAAAUGAUUGAAAAUGAAUUUUAUGAAAACCCUUUCACUGUUAUACCUAAGAGAAUAAUUGAAAUCCAGAAAGGAAUAAUUCACUUUGAUUAUAUUAAUUAAGAUAUUAACAGUUAUUUAAAAAAUGAAUUUGGCCUAUGGUAAUAUAGUUCUUAGGUUUCAUAUGUAUCAAAAUAGAAAAAUCAUUUUAUGCUUUGAGAAAAGCAAUUUUGAAAUUAAAGUUUUUAAACUGAUAGACUGAAAUGAAAUGUAAAAUUGCUAUUCGUAUAAUCGUCUUUGAUGUCGACAUCAGAAGUCGGUUUUGAGUUUUCAGGCCAUAAAACGAGUUUAAUUCUGACAUUAACGCGCAAGAACCCUCUAUUCCACUAAUAGAAAUGAAAACAAUACCAUUAAGAGUAUAGCAUUAGCGGAUUGUUGUGUUUGAUUGUUUGACCAGAAUUACAGCAUGACUCGCCGUGCCGCUCAGGGCGACCCCCCGGGCUUGCACCUGUCUAAUGUCACAAAUUGAUCUCUGUAACACUCUCCUGUUUGUUUUUGUUAUAACAAUUGUUGGUGUACAAAUGAAAGAUUUCAUCAUACGAUUGUGUAUUUCAUUUGUAAAAUAAAAACUAGAAACACAAA